AUGGCAGCCAACGACUACUAUAAUCCUUCUUUACACCACGAGGAUAGGCAUACGCCUCAACCUCAGUACCAGAACUACAAUUCCCCACAAGCACCACCCUCGACAUCUCUACCUCCAUAUACAUCGCAACCUCCAUCACGACCGCAAACCGCGAGACCACCAGAGAUAUCACCAGUGUCACCUUUCGAGGCACCCUUCGACGACCAUGUAUACCCUAUGGGUGGAACGGCACAGCGGUACGGCAACGACAGUCAGAGUACAUUAGGGGCAGAUUCAAGAUACUAUGGGCAAGGAGGCGGAGGGCAUAUGGAUUCGACGAAUUCAUUUAGAGACGAUAUCCCACUACGAGACCACACAGCUCUUCCCGCGCAAGGUGCCAGUACAGACCAUGUCUACGACGCAGGAGAUCCGGGAGCGCCUAGUCAUUUAAAUAACCAAAAUUCGAACCAAUACAACCAACAAUACCCCGUUGAGGAAGGAAGAGCGAAUCGAAAGAGUGGUUUGAAUUUCCUGAAGAAGAAAGGAAGAAUUCCGUUCGUUGUCUACACAUUUACACUCGUUCAAGUUAUCGUUUUCAUUGUAGAGAUUGUGAAGAAUGCUCAACUUACAGGAUCACCCAUCGAAAUCCACCCCUCUUUCAACCCUAUGAUCGGACCAUCGCCUUUUGUUUUAAUCAAUAUGGGAGCUCGGUAUAUGCCUUGUAUGCACAAUGUUCACGGAGUGCAGGACGCUUCCGAAUCCUUCACAUGGCCCUGCCCUAAUUCGACAACGAAUAGUGGUGACUGUUCCCUGAGUCAACUUUGUGGAUUUAGUGGCGUGCCCGAACCCAAUUAUUCGUCUGGAUCUUUCAAUCAAAAGCCAGAGCCUGAUCAAUGGUUCCGUUUCAUAAUCCCUAUGUUCAUGCACGCCGGAAUCAUCCAUAUCGGCUUCAACAUGUUGUUGCAAAUGACGCUAGGUCGAGAGAUAGAAAUUCUCAUUGGGCCGAUUAGAUUCUUCUUGGUCUACGUCGCAAGUGGUAUAUUCGGGUUCGUCUUGGGUGGUAAUUUUGCAGCUCCUGGAAUUGCGUCGACUGGUGCUUCGGGCGCUUUGUUUGGUAUCCUGGCCCUAACGCUUCUGGAUCUUCUUUACAAUUGGAGUGACCGAAAAUCUCCAUGGGUGGAUCUUGCGUUCAUCUUGCUUGACGUUGUUAUAUCAUUUGUGCUAGGUCUAUUGCCUGGUCUCGACAAUUUCUCCCAUAUCGGUGGAUUUUUAAUGGGCCUGGUGCUCGGAGUUUGCCUUCUACGUUCUCCUGCGUCUUUACAAAAACGGAUUGGCCAGGACCCUCCAUAUACACCUGUGAACCAGUCGAAGGCAGAUGGCGAUCGAGAUAAUACAGGAGUUGUCGGGUUUGCAAAGGCACCGAUGGGAUUCUUCAAGGGCCGGAAGCCGGCAUGGUGGGCUUGGUGGCUUGUUCGAGUUGCGAUGUUGGUUUUCGUGCUUGUCGUCUUUAUUCUCUUGCUCAAUAACUUCUACAUCUACAAGAAGACAUGUGGAUGGUGCAAGUACUUGAGUUGCUUGCCUAUAAAAAAUUGGUGCGAUGUUGGCAACAUUUCGUUGACGACCUCGAAUACUACGAGUAAGCGGAGUGUUUUUGAUACUUGGGAAGCCAUGGCGAAGUUAUAUGAAGCGUAA